CAGCGCCGAGCUCAGGCUCGCAGCGCAACGCGGAGCAAAAAAGGCGGAAAAACUGCUUGAACUGGAAGCGACCCGAGUCCAAACCCCACCGCCGCGCCCUCCUCCCAUCUCGUUCUCCGCACCGCACGCUGAGGGCUGAGGUGAAGGCGGCGAGCAUGCAUCACGACCCCAAUCCCUUCGACGAGGGUAGCGCCGACGACAACCCCUACUCCAAUGGAGGAGGCGGCGGCGGCAGCAAGCAGCAGUACGGGUUCCGGCCGACGGAGCCCGUCGGCUUCGGGGGCGCCGGCAGGGGCGACGCCGUCGUCGACGUCCCGCUCGACACCAUGGGGGACUCGAAGAGCAAGGCAAGGGAGCUCUCGUCGUGGGAAUCAGAUCUGAAGCGGCGAGAGGCGGACAUCAAGAAGAGGGAGGAGGCGCUGAAGAAUGCUGGAGUGCCGAUGGAGGAGAAGAACUGGCCGCCAUUCUUCCCGAUCAUCCACCAUGACAUUGCCAACGAGAUACCAGCCAAUGUGCAGAAGUUGCAGUAUCUUGCAUUCGCAAGCUGGCUUGGAAUUGUGCUUUGCCUCUCGUGGAACUUCAUUGCUGUCAUAGUCUGCUGGAUCAAGGAGGGAGAUUCAAAGCUGUUUUUCCUUGCAACUAUCUAUGCUUUGCUUGGAAUUCCUUUGUCAUAUUUGAUAUGGUAUAGGCCCCUCUAUCGUGCAAUGAGGACUAACAGUGCUUUCAGUUUUGGAUGGUUUUUCCUCUGUUACCUGAUCCACAUUGGUUUUUGCAUAAUUGCUGCUAUUGCUCCACCGAUUAUAUUUCAUGGGAAAUCAUUAACUGGUAUACUGGCUGCAAUUGACACCUUCUCUGAGCAUGUGAUAAUUGGGAUCUUUUACUUUGUGGGGUUUGGACUAUUUUGUUUGGAGACACUGCUGAGCAUUGGGGUUCUUCAGAAAGUGUACAUGUACUUCAGAGGGAACCAGUGAAGCUAGCAUUGAUGGGGAAUUUCUUAUGUCUACUAGUAGCACCUGUUCGUGGAGCGGUUUUGUGCAUAGCUGUCAGUACACCUUGAGUCUAUCUCUUCAUAUGUCAGUGUUGCUGAGAAGUGCUUUUUAAGCUGGCAUGGAGUAGGAGGAUGAUAGCACCGUCAUUAUAGGUUUGUUUACGGAACGGGGUGUUUUGAUUCUUCGUGGGCUAUGGCUCAUGUUUUAUCAAGUUAGUUUAGUCGCAAGUUUGGCAUGUUGGUGACCAUUAAGCAUCCAGGAUUAUUCGUGAAACGCAGAAAAGCAUAUGUACUGAAUUCUUUUGUGCUAUCGUGCUUGUCAAUUUUAUAUCGAUUUUUCCCA